AUGCUAUCACCGAAACGAGACGGCCCGUUGAAGAUGGGUGGCACAUACUGGUACUAUUAUGAAGUCGAUGGCGACAAGGAAUGUCACAAUCCCUCGCAGCCUUCGACAACAGUAUGUCCUCUGCUGCCUGGGCAAAGCGUCAACAUACUGGAGAUACCCGUAGAAGAGCGCAGUCGUAGCAACUCCAUUGAAAACUCUUCGGCAUUUACGCGUAACCCCAAAGACAGGUAUCUGACGCCUGUUCCUCCAGGCAAGCCGUUGCCUUCUCCUAGACCUCGAAGUUCGAAUCGCGAAGCUUACGCUUUACCAUUGCCUUCACCAUGGGCUCCCAAAUCUGCCACAUACCCUCCAGCGGACCAAUUCUUGUCACCAAAUGUAUCACGACAUGCUCGAAGCGCAUCUGCGUCGCCACUGCUCCCCUCAACGCCACUCUUUGCAGACUUCAAGGAUCUGAAGGAGAAGUUCGCUUCAAAACGAGCUCGCUCAAGGUCACGAAGUUCAUCUGAUGUCAGAGAAAUGCAAAUCAGCGCGCCUGUACUAAUCAGUACAACGGCUGACGGCGUGUUGCCUACUUACCAGCCCACACCACUACGUUCGCCCAGGAACUUCUCUCGGCCACAAAGAACCACCCCCCCACCACUCUCAAUCCCAACCAUCACCAAAGGCUUUUCACCGCUUACAUCACACCCUGUGGACCCUUUCACGGACGCUCAGCCACUCAUCGCAGAGCUGCCAGCCAACGAGACACCUGUGCAACGACGUCGAUCCUACAUGCCAUCGACCGUCGUCAGUGACGAGUUCGACAUCGAGCCUAGCCGUCACCGGGCAAACUCAGCAGAUACCAAACGAACAAAGCGUAGCCUCUACGCAAACGACCGUUGGGUCUCAUCACCAAGAUUUCAGCACGAGUUCGACAGCAGCAUCCAGCAAGCGAGGGAAGUGCAGUUCUUCAAGGCUGCACCAGUUCUUCGGCGCCCGAUCCCAUCUCUGGCACCACCAGCUGCGGAUGAGCGUCCUUCGUCGAGCCAUGGAGGAAGUCGCAGCCCUAGUCUGCGAGAGAUGCCUCUUGAGAAAGACCUGCCUGCUCUUCCUCAAUACCUGAUUCCCGCACCACUGUUUGCAUGCAAUGCAUGUGCAUCAGAAGAGGCAACACCUAUCGAUGAGGCAGGGGUCGAAGAUGCAGUGACUGACGACAUUCUGCAAGCAUAUGAGGAUGAUGAAGAGCCGAUCGCACAGGUCUCCGAGAAACAGCGCAGCCACUUCUCUACGUGGAGCAGCUUCGACAGCUAUGCAACUUCGGAGGAUGAAGGCAUCACAUCACCAACCUUCAGCUCCGCUACCAGCGUCUCAAGCGAUGCAGGAUCACCUCUACGCCAGUCGAUCCGCUACUCCUUCGCCGAGCAUGCCUUCAACAAGGCCCAACAAACCACUACGAUCACCGAAGUUGACGAAGAAAACGACUUUACCAACAAUCGCACUUCGACACCUCCACAACUUGACGUUAAUACUCUCCGUCUUUCCGCAAUAUCAUUCAGCUCUGAUCUCUUCAACCUCGACAUCCAGCACGCAGAGGCUAUGCCGAGACGACAGGCUGCCUGCUUUGGUUUGGGCUUCCAAGGGUACAGUCUGCCCGAGGACGGGACGAAGAGCAAAGAGACGGUUCAGAGCGAGGUUACGCUUCGAUCGAAACGGAUCAGCGUUCAGCGCGAGAGCCCGACGAGCCAAUUGGACAUGCUUAUGGACGACUUUUCAUACCUCGGGGAUGCUGUUGUCUGA